AUGUCCAACACAACUAGACAACAGCAUGAACACUCAGAACUACCACAGUUCAUUAAAUGGAAUUUGGCAACACCCCAGUCUGGUUUGAGAGUUUUUCAAGGGAUAGGAUCUCUAGUAUCUUUGUGUCUGAUUGGUUCAGUGGGUUCCCAAUUUUCCCCAACAUAUGCCAGUCUUAUGGUAUGCACAAUAGUAUCUAUCAUCUCACCAAUGCUUGUAAUAAUUUUCUCAUUCAAUCUGCAUAACACAACGAAAUCCAUCGACUGGAUACUCUGGGAAAUAAUCUACUGUGGUUCCGGAGCUUUCCUAUUUUUUGUAAAUUCCAUCACAAUGUCGUACAGCAGUUUACGCUGGCAACACACACUCUGGUAUUUCGCAGCUCUUUUUUGCAUUUUGGUCUGCAUUUCUUUCGUGCUCGAUGUUUAUAUGUCAGCUCGCAUCUUGCAAGGAAAUCCUAAAGCGAGGGAUAGUCUUCAGAGAAAAGAACCGGUCGUUUACAGUGAAUAA